AUGGAAGGAGGAAGAAGUGAUCAGGCUGUCCAUUCAGGUGGAGGAUCACCAGGUGGAAAAGUUAGAUCUUUAAAGGAUAUCUAUGAGAGGUGUACCUUUUCUCUAAAUGUAACUGAUCCCUCUACAUAUGAAAAAGCAGUGAAGACUGAAGUGUGGAGAGAAGCAAUGAGGGAGGAAUUGGAUGCAAUUGAGAGAAAUAAUACUUGGGAACCCGAGUGGAGCUUCCAUCCGAGAAGCAUACAAAGACACAAGGCCCGUCUAGUUGCAAGAGGGUAUACACAACAGGCUGGCAUUGAUUUUCAUGAAGUUUAUGCUCCUGUUGUUGGAAUGGAGACGGUGCGUCUCCUCCUUGCUAUCGUCCGUGAGGAGAAGGUGGCGAUGAUACCGCUUUGA